AUGCAGAUCUACAGCAAGGAGGUGAUGGAGUCCAGCAGCUGCCCUGAUUUAAGCCAGCAGCCAGGACACUGCAAGCCACUAGACAGCCUAAGGGUGAGCGUUCAGGACAGCGUUUUUGCUGUGGAUAAAAACAUUCUUACUCAGAACUGUGAGUACUUCAGAGCAUUGUUCCAGUCAGGAAUGAGAGAAUGCCAGCAGGAAGAGAUCAACUUGCAGUGUGUGGGAGCUCUGGGUUUCCUUGUCAUGCUUCGGGUCCUGGAUGGGGAGCGACCCAUGCUGAACAGCGACCAGAUUGUAGAGGCGAUUGAGUGUACAGCUUUUCUCCAGGUGCCAGCUCUAACGAAGCACUUGAUCAAUAUUGUCAAUUCUGAAAACUGUUUACUCAUGUACCAUACAGCUGCUACCUAUGGCGUGUGGGAACUCUCUCAUAAUUCAGCCUUAUUCAUCAGGGAUAUGUACGCUGACCUGAAGGAAGAUGUUCACGCCUUACCUAACAAGCUGUCAGAAUACAUUGAGUCUCUUACCCCAAGUACCUACAUGGCAGUAUGUAGCCAUUCACCAUCCACUGACCUACUGAAGGAUUUCCAGAGGACAGUCUGCUAUUUGGAUGAAGAAAACAAAGAAUGGAAGGUCUUGACGCAUCUACCUGUGAACACUAGCACCACGAUGGCAGGCGUGGCCGUCCUUGACAAUAAGCUUUACAUCAUUGGAGGUGUGCACGAUGUGAGCAAGAAGGUAGUAGAAACUGGUUUCUGUUACAACCCUGCAACUAAUACAUGGUCUACAAUCACUGGACCCCAGCAGCUACGCUACAACUUCACUCUCAUAGGACAUGAGGGCUGCCUCUACACCAUAGGAGGUGAUUACGACAAGAAAGCUUUGUCAUCUGUGGAAAGGUACAGAGUAUCUAAUGGAAGCUGGAGUUUCGUCUCCCACCUCCCCUGCCCUGCCGCUUCAGUGUCAUCUGCUGUAGCCAUGGGCAGGAUCUUUAUUUGUCUCUGGAAAGGAAAGGGGGCAACAAAUGUACACGAAUAUGUGCCUGAAAAGGACCAAUGGGUUCUGGUCACCACGCUCAUCCGCGAACAGAGUUACGGUCUUUAUAUGGUGGCCCAUAAAGAUAAUUUGUAUGUGAUGCGCAAUGGACCCUGUGAUGAUUUCUUACUAUGUGUGAUGGACUGCUUCAACUUGAGUUCGUGCCAGUGGACAGCCAUGUCAGGCCAAUACGCCAACAGUAAAGGUUCUCUGUUUACUGCUAUGGUCAGAGGAGACUCUGUGUUCACCCUCAGUAGAAAGGUGACCACAGAGUACACAAUUGAGGAUUACAAAUGGAGAUGCAAGCGUGAAAUGAAAGGUUUUGGCAGGAUUGGAUCCAUUUAUACAUUUCUGAUGAGGCUGCCAAAAGCCACCAUCUCCCUCACAGGAAGGUCUCUGGAUCUGAUUCAGGGCCAAAACCUUGGAGACCUUGUUGACUGUCCAAGAUUGUCAAUGCGAUGUUUUGAUAAUAUUUAA